AUGUCUUUGGGCGCGGUAGAGGAAGCGGAUGUUGAGAGUGUGAAGGCUUUUGCAUUGAUGUACUUCGGAUACUUCGAUCUCUUCUCUGAUGCCCCGCAGGGGACGAUCGGGCUAGACUAUGCAAUAGAGUCUAUGGUGGCCCAGAGUCCAGAUCUGGUAGAUAUGGGUCUUUUCAUCGGGUUCGGUGCCUUUGUUGUGGCAUUCGACGACUGCUGGAGCUUGCAAAGCGCACUUGACGGUCUUAGGAUUCCAUACGUCAGUCGGGCCGUACCCUAUGGUCCCCAUUACAAGAAUACGUGGCAGCACACUCUCUGGCACUUCGCCCGGCUUGUCCUGUGGAAGGGCAAAUCAAUAACACGUCAGUCGGGUCAUGGUGUUGAGUAG